GUGUAAUAAAUGGAAUUGAGGUUGUGGCAGUGGCAGCGAGUGAUUGCAGUCUCCAUGGCGGCGUUGCAGUGGCUCUAAUUCCGUGUCUUAAAUAUACUCCCCAAAGCGAGUGAGGGCAGAGAAACAGAAAGACAAGUGAAGGGAAGGGAAGGGAAGGGAAUUCAAGGAGGGAUCGAGGAUGAGGUAGCAGUGUUGCUACAGCCGCUGCUGCGGCCUCCCUCUCCAUCUUAGUGUUAGGGAUUGGAGGAGGCGAAAAAUUAGCAGGGAAAGCGAGCAUAACAAGAACGACAUCUUUGCUACUCAGUAGGAAUACAAGGAAAUCUCUCGAGAGGGGAGAGGAGGAGCGAUCGAUCUUGCUAUGGAUUUGAAGCUUGGUGGGUAGGAAGCAUGGCAGGGUUCUCUCUAGGUGGGGGAAACAGGCAGGGCGGAGGUGACGAAGGGAUCCCACCAGAGAGCUUAUUCCUCUACGGCAGCGGAAGCGGCGUGGGCGGCAAUAGAACCGAAGAGAUCGGCUACGGGAGAGGCUUCGAGCUAUGGCAGCAGCACCAGCAGCAAAUCCAUCGGCAACAACCUCAGCAACAGCAGCAGCAACUCUACAUUUCCUCCACCGCCGGGCUCCUCUCUUUCUCCGAUGAGCCGCUCCAACCUGGCGGAUCGAUCGAGCGCACCGUCAGCUUGAGGGACAGCGGAGGAGGGGGGAUGAGCUGCCAGGACUGCGGCAACCAGGCAAAGAAGGACUGCUCCCACAUGCGAUGCCGGACCUGCUGCAAGAGCCGGGGCUUCCAAUGCUCCACGCACGUCAAGAGCACCUGGGUCCCCGCCGCCAAGCGGCGCGAGCGCCAGCAGCAUCUCGCCGCCGCCGCCUCCUCCCUGCAGCAGCAGUCUCAGCAGCUCCGAAUCGGAGGCUCGACGAGCGGCGGAGGAGGAGAUGUUGGUGGCAGUGGAGGCGGGGAGCCCUCCAAAAGGCCACGGGAGAUGACCACCCAUCUAUCCACCGUCAUCACCACCGCAUCAUCAGGAGGGGAGGUGAGUUUCCCGGCCGAGGUGAGCUCCCCGGCAGUGUUCCGGUGCGUUCGGGUGAGCCCGUUGGACGACACCGAGGACGAGUUCGCAUACCAGACCGCGGUCAGCAUCGGUGGGCAUGUGUUCAAGGGCAUCCUCUACGACCACGGCCCGGACGUGCCGACCCCGUCGACUCCUCUCGCGCUGCACGGGGAAUCCUCGUCUUCCGCUGCCGCCGCUUCUAUCUCGACCGCAGCCGCUCUUGCCACCGGCCUGGCUGCACCUUCUAGCUCAGCUACCGCGGCGGCUUCCACCGGAUCGAUGGAUCCUUCCGCCCUCUAUCCGACGCCACUAAGCGCCUUCAUGGCCGGAACCCAGUUCUUCCCUCACCAUCCCAGACCUUAGAGAGCUAACGAGCAAGGCUAUAUAGCAUGGUAGACACUUCAGCUAGAGCUAAUAUUUUUACCUGCUUCUUUUAGAAUUUGGAGCAAUUGUUGGGUCUUAUUCUUGUUUCGAGUUUCCUACCUUGACAAUGCAGCGUCGGGAGUCAAAUCCUACUCCAUUCUAACAAAAGUUGCAGUCAUGCAUGGCUUAGCUUUUCUUCCUACUCCUUUCAUUCUGAGCCUUUGUCUUCUUGGGAUUGCUAUUAGAGAAAGAGCUAGGCUAUCGCAUGCCCUCUAGGUCUGCCGGCUUGGGAGUGGGACGACCCCAACAGCAUCGACGAGUAGCUUGGCUACCGGAAGACCUGCAAGCGAGCUGGAAGCAUGGAUUCCUUUGUUCUUGAUGGCUUUGCUUGGGUCUUGGAUUCUUUAGCUCAAGAAACGUCGGCAUUAUUUAGCUUGAGGGUCAUGUCAAUGGCCCGGACUGCACAAGGUCGCGGCCACGCAUGGCAUGGGUGUAUACGGAACUCGAGGAGGGGAAAGCUCAUCUUCUGCACCACCCAUCUAUUCUGUCGCUGGUGUUCCUUGCAUGCAUUACUUCUUUAUGCGAGUUGCGUAUGAUUUUUCCGCCUCUUUUAAUGGCAUUGAUGGAUGGAUGUGACCUUCGUCUGUUUCUUUCCAAUGGCCUCAAUAUAAGGAAGAAUGAUAUGAAAGGAUAAUAGAAGCAGAAACUGAGAGAAAGAACAUAACUUUAUUAGGUAUCGCAAUGAUUUGUAAUCUCUUAUCAACCCACCUUUUUUGCUACAAAUUGAAUACUGAGUACUGGGAUUUGCCUGCUA